AUGGCAAUGGUUCAAGCCUCCAAAAACAGAGUUGAUUAUGUUAGAGAAUUAAAUCCGUGUAAAGAUACGUCACGUAUUGAAGUGAGGAUAAUUUGGUUGUGGAGAAAUUAUAACAAAGAAUCUGGAAACGCCAUUGGGAUGGUUUUCAUUAAUAAAGAACUCAUCAAAAAGUAUGAAGACAGGUUAACUGAGGGGGAUGUGAUAGUCGUCCAGUUGUUUAAAGUGUACAAUGCUAUUGGUGAUUAUCGGACGACCACGCAUCCAUACAAAAUUGGCUUCUAUCGAACAUUUUUUGUUGGAAAAGCUGAUGAUUUUCCAAGUGAAGUUCCUGAAAAGUAUUUUGCGGAUUACAAUGAUAUUCUUGGUGGAGAGAUUGAUAACAACUAUUUGGUUAGUGAGUCAAUAUCUAUACUAUCUAUCAUGCACUAA